CAACGACGGAAGUGGCGUUGAUUUUCGCGCAAGGAAACUCGUCCUGCUCCUGGCGCGCCAAAUUUCAAAGCACUUCCUGGGGAGAGGAGGCGAUAAGGUUCAGCACGGAGCGCCGAUAAAACACUCUUUGUAGCGUCUUACAAAACAUACACCUUCAUUAUUUGGGUAUGUCACGCUUUUAAUGAAGAGCAGCAUCUGAUCAUCACACUGCAUUUCCACUUAUAAUACUUUUCAAACAUAGACAUUUAGUGCAGAAAUAUCUGUGCUGCGACAUUAAUUUACCCUCAGAGCAUUUUAUAAUUCCUUUAGCAGUAUGACUCUUGUGUCAUAUUUUAUCUACUAGACACAAUAACCUUCUUUGAGGCUCUGAUUUUAUAUUCUCCUGCUGAGGAUCUUCGAUGGAGAACCGUCAGUGCAGUGUUAUGUGAGUGGAGCGGCUGUUUUUUAUCUGUUGCAGUUUUCCGACACAUUUUUAUAUGUGGGAUGUCAAAAUGUCGUGUGGAGUUCAGCCGUGUUUUCAGCUGUUGAGGAUUGGCUUGUCUAAUAGCAAUAGCAACAGCAGCAAUGGGAAUGAAUCCGCAGACCCCGUGCGGGACCUGUACACGUUUCGUCCCGCACUGACGCAGUGUGUGUUUCGACUGGGACGAGCCCCAGAGCUGUGUGACGUCACUCUGGAGUCGGUAAUCGUGUCCCGGAUCCACGCUGAGCUCCAUGUGGAGAGAGAAACCGACGCAUCUGGAGAAGAAGGAUGGAAGGUUCUGGUGAAGGACCGCAGCAGCUAUGGCACCUGGGUGAAUGACAUGCGUCUCCAGCAAGGAGUCCUUAAGGAAAUCUUUGACGGCGAUACCCUCACCAUCGGUGGCCAAUCAGGACGGGCCAGUCCAGAAUUCUACUUCCUCUUCCAGAAAGUGCGCGUUCGCCCGCUGGACUUUGAUGCCAUCACCGUACCCAAAGCUGGAUCUUUCUCCUCUGACAUUAAAAACCGAAUCCGAACGUCUUUAGACCGCAAACCAGACCCAAAUUUGGACAUUUCCAAACUGUCCAUCAACAGAUCCACGGUGAUCCUCAACUCCAUCGGCAGCUUGAGCAAGAUGAACGGCAGCUGCUGGACAUUCAAGAAAAGCGAUAAAAACACUGCUUUAAAUGUGCCAGCGUUCACAGCAUUGGCCCCGCCCACAACCCCGCCCCCUUUUCAAGCCGCUGGCGAGAUUUCCUCUAAAUCUGUGCCUCCAUCCUCAAAGAGCCGACGCAAAUCAGCACACACGGUCCUGCUGGAGGACGACAGUUCCGAUGAUCCUGCAAACCGCAUGGAGGACGGAAGAAGAGGACAGGCCAAGAAAAGACGACGGCUUUAUAAAUCCGAAUCAGAGGUGUUUCAGCAUCCUCUGCCCAAACUGGAGCCACAGUUUGAAGUGGUCAGUCCCUCCGGCAGUGUCUUCAAUGUGGCACCGAACCGGCAGUUCAGCCACAUUAUGAACAUCAGUCACAGUAAAGGUAAUGGCAUCAGUGUGACUCCGCUCCGCCAGCAGCAGAAGGCCUGUCUGUCUGGACCCGGACGAAGAGCGAGGGCCAACAGCUCCCCCAUUUACACUGGCAUGGGGAUCGGAAGCCAGAAUUACAGCCUGACCUCGCCGUCAAAUAGGGUGAGCAAGACGGAGAAGGCCAGAGGGGUGAUAUCACGCUUUCAGGCCUCUACUGGGCGACGGCGUGGACGGCCCAGGAAACACCCUCUCCCGCAGCCCUCCCUGCCGUCUCCCUCAUUCUCCUCUUCCACCAGCUCCUCCUCUUCCUCCAGCUCCUCCUCCUCCUCUUCAUCGUCUGAGGAUGAUGAUGAAGUGGUCGUGGCUCAGGGUGUUGAACCGUGCGCAGCGCUGCAUUGCCGUCUCCCUCAGCAGGACACUGUGCAGUGGAUCCAGUGCGACGACUGCGACGCCUGGUACCACCUGGACUGCCUGCCGCACAAACAUAACCGAGACUCGCUGCUGUUCGACCCCAGCGCAGACUUCCACUGCGGCUGCCAUCGCUGAGCUCCACAACAAACCAAACACACUCAAACCUCCAUGAUGAUGAUGAUGAUAUUAAUAUUACAAUCAAAUCCAUCAAGUAGUAGAUCGCUAGAAUGAGUCUGCGCUUUCUGCUGUGGUGCUUAUUGUGUCUGAUUUGAACACUGAGUUGGAUUUAAAUGCGGUUGUGUUUGAUUCAAAAUAACCAGCAUCCCAUUAUAACUCAACAUCGGAUGCUUUUCAACAGGUCGUGAUCGAUAUACAUGUUUGAUAUAUAUAAAAACGCAAGGAUGAAUUCUCUAAACAGCCUAAAAAUAAGAGUAUAAUUGUUUGGUUUGAAGAGUAUUUUGUAUUUACAGAGGUUUGGAUAUGAUUUGAGAUCUUAUGAUCUUUGGAUCAAGUAUCGAGAGCUUGGAGGAGUUUUCUUAAAGGCAUAGUUCAUCUUUUUGAGGAUUUAUCUGUUGUUAUUUUACUCUUCUACUUGAUAUCGAAGAUGUAGGUGAAUUUUGGUAGAUUUAGCUGGAAAUGUGGUCCUUGGGGGUACCCACUAUGAGCACUUUUAGAGUAUGAAUCAAACAAAGAGGCUGAGCCAAAAAUGACCAUGACUUUUGACUAUACACUAGUGCCGUCACGAUACUGGAAUUCGAUACGAAUCAGUACUGACAAUUUAUAAAACGUCCAUAUUCCACGAACAUUUGAACGCGUUCUUAAACAGCACUGAUUUGUCAUUGUGUUCAUGUGCUCAACAGAAAUGGCUGUGAUUGGCCGUGAAGGUCAUCAGUUCACCAAACUCACCACUGUUUACCGAGUGUAGCUACAGAUACAGACUUUGGAGUGUUUUAAAGUCGCAAAUAUCAGCUGGUCUGUCUAUAAGCUGACAUAUGAGCGGUCCACUAAUGAACUGACUGAUCUUCACAGCUUUAGAGCUUUCCAGUGCCCCUGUAUCUGUUGUUAUACUCGGUAAUCAGCUGUAAGUUCGGUGAAUUGAUGACCUUUACGGUCAAUCACAGUCAUUUCUGUUGAGCAUGUUAACACAUUGGCAAAUAAGCGCUGUUUAAGAACGCGCUCAAAUGUUAGCGAGAUGUAGACGUUUUUUAAAUUGUGUACGGAAUUGGUAUCGAAUUCCAGUAUCAUGACAACCCUACGAUACACUGAGAUUUAAUAAAGCAGGGGGGGGUCCAAACUCGAUCCUGGAAGGCUGGUUUCCUGCAUAGUUUAGCUCUAACUUCCUUUAACGCACCUCCCUGGAAGUUUCUAUUAUACCUAGAAAGAGCUUGAUUAGCGUGUUCAGGUGUGUUUAAUUGGGGUUGGAACUAAAAUAUGCAGAAUACCGGCCCAUAAAGACUGAGUUUGGACACCCCUGUAAUAAAGCGAAAUGAUGUCUGUGCAAGAUAACAAUCAACAUCAUUACCUUUAAAAUGUUAGUUUACUCAAAAAUGCUAAUUAUGUUAUUAAUUACUCGCCCUCAUAACAUUCCAAUCCCCUAAUAUAUCUUCAUUUGUCUUCAGAGCACAAAUGAAGAUAUUUUAGA